UCAACAAAGCCUUUAUCGCCCAAGACAACAAAACUGUUCAUAACUCUUUUGUGGUGGGGCUUGCUUGAAUUAAGAAGGGCACCCAGCAUCCGUGGAUAUUUUUUUAUGAGCAGAUGUUUUAUUGUGGAACUUUAAAAAAGUAAAAGGCAUUUUGUUAGCAUCGCCUUUUGAAGAGACCAACUACAGAUACAAAACACUAGGAAACCGACAUCAAAAAUUCAUAUGAAUAAUGACUGCAAAAAGAAUUCCUCUUUCAUCGAAUGACCUCAAAAGAAAUAAUGCCAGCAUGAGAGCAAAUAUGAAUUGCCACAAUAGCUGCAAAGACAUGUUUACAACUGAAGCAUCAACAAUAAAGAACCAAAGCGUACAACAUGCCAGCUGCCACAGGAGGUUGUUUUCAGAAAACUAUGAAUUAGUCCAAUUUUAUCCUGAAUUACAUCAUCGCAGAGCAUGCAAUAGAAUAUUUAGUGUGGGCACACUGCAAAUGUGCACUCUGGUAUUCUUUGGCAUCCUUCUGAGUAUGGUAGCACGUAUCCAAGCAACUUCUACAGCCACAACACCCAAAUAUAGCCAAUUAUUGUCAACCAACGGUCAGAUGGAGGAAAUGUCAACUGGCGAUGCGGAGGACACAUUCCGGCCAUUCAUACCCAAGGAUCCAGCGGCAAUAGCACGAACAGUUUUCACUCCCACUGGACAAUUCCGAGUAUUCCAAACGGUCGACACUGACCUAAGGUCCACUGUAAAUCUGGCACGCAAUUCGCAGGCAAAUCAAAUUAUUUCGCCGCAACAUUCAACCCUAUCGACAGCGCCAAUUGAUAAGAAUACUCUGCAAGACAACUCAACUGAAAACAUUCAUGAAAAUAAUAAAACCCAAACAAUGGCGAAAGCAAAACAGAUAUCGGGCAAUGACAUUGAUAAUAAACUCAAUACCAUACCGGACAGCAAUGGCGAUUUGUCAACAGAUCUUCGUAGUCUGGAGGACCUAUUGGUUGAGUAUGUGCAGAAUUUCUUUGAAAAGGGCGAAUAUCAGCCAUUGCCCGGACUCCUGGUUGAGUUGCAGAAAAAUCAUACCCCAACUGCGGAGGGCUCUCUGCAACAGAAAUCCCGCCAUACGCGACAUACAGCACCAACUGGAGCAAAAAUUAGUUUGGAUAUGCCACGGACACUGGCCACAGGACGGGUGUUGUUUUUAACUGGUCUAAAGAAGCUUUUAUGGCCAGUUUUUAUGGGUCUGCAGGUGCUUAAAUCAUUGUUGAUUGCCAUGUUUAUACCAGCCAUUAUUGGAUCGUUUACUAAAUUACUGGGUAAAGGUCUCAGCCAAGGUUCGGCGCCUCUCUUCAUUCGGCCCAUGGAUCCUCCGCAGGAGUUGGAUUUCCGAGACAACUUUGGUGAUGGUGACAAGUUUGUGGCGGGUGAAGAUGGCCUCACCGACUUUAUGCCAUCCGAGGACAACAAGCCAUAUGCCUAUAAUCAGCCUGAAGCCUCACAAUACAGCAAUCAAUACACCCUUAAUAGUGUUUCUCCCACCUCCCAACUGGGCCCCUUGAGUUUCACCCGUUUGGGCAUGAAUGAAAGACAGCAUCAAUUAAUGCAAGAUUCCUAUGCUGGGGCACUACAAUCCAUUACAUCGGCAUCGUUUAAAAACUCCAAUUCAAUAUCAGGAGGCUCUUCCUCACUAUCAGCUCCUAUGGUCAAUAAACCUGCUGCUCCAGCAAAUAUGAAUAACUUCCAACAAUUUCAAAAAGUUCCAGCCUCAUCACUGCUACUCUCAAAUUAUGACCCCUUUUACAGUCCGCUGCUGUCACGUCUGGACUCAGUGUUUGGCCAACUGAAGCUAAACUCGGACAAUGAAGAAUGUCGUGAAAAGGUGAUAUGUUUGAUGUAUGCGAAUCCCGCAAAGUAUGCACCAUAUAGUAAUUUGGUGUCGGCGCAAUUGAGUCGAGAACUAAAUGAAUUGCGCAAACCCACAUCGGAUAAUCCAGAUAUAUUGCGAUUCUUCAAAUAUAUGCGUGCCGCCAAAGAUGGACAGGAUGGCAUUGAUUGCGAAAAGACAUUUGACAAAUGUACAGAAUUUAAGGACUUUGAAAAUCCUGCCAUGGUAUCAACCUAUCAUGACAUCAACAAAUUGGUACAGGCAAGAAAGAUGGCAUAGACCCAAAAUAAAAAAAUAAAAAAACUAUAGAAAAGAAAAUUGUAAAAUUUAGUUGAGAGCUUUAAGAACAACGACUACGAAAAUGUAUUUAUUACUAGCAUAUAUAAGAAUUAUUUAUUAUUAGUUUUAAGUAGUUAACGAAAAUAUCAGCCAUAGUUGUUUUGUUUUUUUGUAGUUAGAAAUAAAUUAAAUUUUUUAAAUAAUUGGUUAAAAACAUAUGAUAUUAAUAUUUAAGCAAAAUCAAGGAAUAUUAUCUUUUGUUAAAAAUAAAAAUAUUUUCUAUUUGUUGAAGGAAGGCAAUUUUGCUGUCAGUUUGUCCUAUGUAGGGAAAGUUUUGGAUUAGCAAUUGUCAUUUCAUGAGGCCUUUUGCGCAGCACCCAGUAUGACCUUUUUAAAUCCAAUGCUUCCGAUCCAUAUGCCAAAAUGCCAGAGAAAAAUAAAAUUGUUUUCUUGUUAAACCCUGCACUUAAGCCCUCUCGUCACUCACGACAUAAUUACUAUGCAUUAUGCCUCAUUCCUUAAAACCCUUAGUGCUAAAAACCCGGCAGUGCUAAAAAUUCAACCUCUUAUAAUUUCCAAAUAAAUAACUCAAUUGCGACAUCUUUAAUCUUUUUCAAGUGAUUAGUGAAUUUGGUGAAAAUUUUAUCUCCCACACUUAGUUUAAUAACAAGUAAGAGCUUGCUAAUUUCGGCCGGGCCGAAUCUUAUAUACCCUCCACCAUGGAUCGCAUUCGUCGAGUUAUAUGCGCAGUAUCUCUUUUAAGGCAAACAAAGAAUAUUGAUAAGAACUGUUAUGCUAUUUGAGCUAUGUCAAGUUAUAGUCCGAUUCCGACCAUAAAUGAAUGCUGAACAUUGAAGAAGACAUUGUGUAAUAUUUCAGUUCGUUCGGAUAAGAAUUGCGCCCUAUAGAGGCUCAAGAAGCAAAAUCGGAAGAUCGGUUUUUUAUGAGAGCUGAAGGUCAUGAGAGAAGCCGUUGCACAAAAUUUCUUCCAAAUCGGACGAGAAUUGCGCCCUCUCGAGGCUCAAGAAGUCAAGACCGAAUAUCGGUUUAUAUGACUG